CCUCCUUCCCCCCUGGGGUCCCUCCCCCAUCGGUGCCGGCGAACAAGCGCCGCGUCUGCGCCUUGGUCCCGCGUGGGAACGUCAAGGAGGAUGCGGACGAGAAGCGCGCCAAGGCCACCGGCACGCCCACUGGGGAGUGCCACGCAUCAGGCGCCGGCGGCAUCGACGUGGUGUCGCGGAAGUUCGCGGACGGCGUCCCCGAGGGCGCCGACUUCGCGCUGCGGGCGCGGCUCGAGGCGAGCGGGCUGGAGACGGAGGAGCUCCCGGAGACGGACUGGUGCGUCGACCGCAACAUCGUGUACAAGAAGAGGGACGGGCAGCUCAACAUGAACGGGCAGAAGAGCUCGGUGGCGCUCCACGCCGGCGCCUGCAUGGAGCGCUGCGCGCAGGUCAAGGGUUGCAGCCACUUCAGCUGGAAGCCCGUGGACUCCCUGUGCCACGUCCUGGACGACUCCGUGAGGAUAGAGAAAGUGCGGGGGGCGGUGUCCGGGCCGCCGCGCUGCGCAGCUCUCUCUGGCAGCCGCGAGUGCUGCUUCCUGCUCGGGGAGCAGACCCAGGCGGACAUCCGGAUAGGCACCUCCUUCAUCUCGGCGUCGCAGAGCGUUCGCGCGCUCGACCGCGAGGUGGGCGGGCGCACCCUGGAGCAGGUGGCGGCGGAAGGGAAGCUAGAGUGGCAGGAGUUGCUGCUCCGGGUGGAGGUCAGGGACGCGGGGCCGAACACCCUGGCCACGUCCAACCGCGUGCAGCUCUUCUACACCUGCCUGUACAGGUCGCUGCUGUUCCCGCGACGCCUCCGGGAGUUCACGCCGGAAGGCGUGCAGCACUGGAGCCCGUACAGCGGCAAGGUGGUGAGCGGCCACGGGGUGACCGACAACGGCUUCUGGGACACCUUCCGCACGGUUUACCCGCUCCUGGCGCUCGCGUACCCCAGGGAGCUAGGUGAGCUGCUGGACGGGUGGCUGAGUGCCUUCCGGCACGGCGGCUGGCUGCCCAAGUGGGCCAGCCCGGGCUACCGCGGGAGCAUGGUCGGCACCUUCGCAGACGUCGUGCUGGCGGACGCGGUGCUCAAGAACAUCGAGGGCUUCGACCGGGAGGAGGCCUGGCGCGCCAUCUACCGGGACGCCUACGAAGAGAGCGGCCCGAAGGACUUGUCGCGGGGCAAGGUCGGCCUUGCGUUCUACCAGCAGUCGGGCUUCGUCCCCGUCGACGUGAACAUCAGCGAGGCCUGCUCCCGCACGCUGGACUUCGCGUACGCGGACGCCGCGGCCGCGGCCGCCGGGGUGCACCUCGGACACGCCGACGACUCCUGGCAGCUCGAGGCGCGCAGCCGGCUUGCCGUGAAGGCCGUCUUCGACAAGAAGGCCCGGCUGAUGGGCCGCAGGACGAGGCAGGGUGCCUUCCAGGAUAAGCCUGGAACUACCUGGGGCCACUGCUUCACGGAGGGCUCAGCCUGGCACCACUCGUUUCCGCCCUUCAACCUCACCUUGCUUGCCGAGCUGCACGGCGGCACCAGUGAGCUGCAGUCACGCUUAUGGGACGUGCUUGCCAAGCCGAGCACGUUCGAGGUCGGAAGCUACAAGGUGGAGAUACACGAGAUGCGGGAGAUGCGGAUGCUCGGGAUGGGCCAGUACGCGCACAACAACCAACCGGUGCACCACCUGCUCUACCUGUUUUCCAUGCUUGGCGACCACAACUCGACCGCGCAGCUGGUUCGCCAGGUGUUGUCGCGGGCGUACUCGGUGGACGGCUUCGUAGGGGACGAGGACAACGGCGAGAUGGGCGCUUGGUACGUCCUGAGCGCCCUCGGGCUUUACGCGCCCGCGACGGGCGUCACCGACGAGUACGUCCUCGGGGCGGUGCCGCUGUUCCCGCAGGUGCUGCUGCGGACGCUGGACGUGUCCAUCGAGGCCCCGUCCGCCCCCGAGGAGUCGCCCCCCGUGCUGCAGGUGCUGUGGGGCAGCAGGCCGCUCCCCGCCGCGGCCGUGCGCUACGAGGCCCUGCGGAAGGGCGGGGUGCUCCGCUGGGUCUCGCCCGGCAACAUGCGCGCGGGC